CUUUUGCUGGACCAUGCUGAUACUACUCUAUAGUUCAGAAAUCUUGGAGAUUUCUGUACCCUAGUUCAAACGCCCGAUCUUUGCUAGAAACAACACCACCACGUUGCAAUGUCCUGUGCAGCUCCUCGUGGUGGCGUCAGCCUCAAUCACAAUCCAAGCUCGAGCGGAAAUGUGAACUCCAGUGGCACUCAACCGUCCCUCUUCAGGCCUACGCGCGCUGUGUACCCGGCUUUGCCUGGCCAGCCUGACCCUGACGACCUUAUACGGGAUAUUCCAUUUCCUGAGAAGGCUGUCUCCGACUUCCAGAGCGUGCCAUUCGCCCAGCCACCUCAACGCGAUGUCCCCUCCAUAAUCGUCGCCCACAUUUCCAACCCGCAGACAUCCAACGCUGAGCCCGACUGGAUCCUGCUCAUGAACCACUUCAAGGAGAAGCGGAGCCUUGAUGGCGUGGGCAACCUUCUGGACCUGUACGUCUUCAUGACGCGCCUCGUGCUCCCAAAUGCGAUAAUCCAGAAUCGCCGUCUCCUCCACGAGCUGUACAUGGAGAAGCGAAAUCUCUCUCCCAACAUACGCUUCCGGUACGACUACUGGCACACCCACGCCCCCACCUACACCCCGCCCUCCGCUCAGCCCCUCGACCUUAUACAAUCCCGUCCUUCCCGCCCAGUAUUGCGCUCCGUGCCCACCCCCUCUGGCCAGAACUUCCUGCAGUGGCUGAGCUUGCCAUUGAAUACGCCAGCAGACAAGCAGCCCUGUCCGAACCAGCUGUUGCACCGGCCGUGUCAUCUGGACGCGUAUCUGAACGAGGACGAGGGAUUUGUGCGGAGGAUUCGACCGGAGGCUUUAUUGCAGCGGACGGCGAAGGUGCUGAGUCUCUUUUGGUGGAUUGCCGUGCAGAAUGCCUGGUUGAAGGCGUAUGAGGGCGUUGGGUGGGCUGGGAUUGAGGGGGAAUGCUAUGCUUGAAUGGCUGGCUGGGGUAGAAAACACGGCACGCUACUGGGAUUGGUCAAAUACAAGUCGAACACAAGUCGAACAUGCAUCAAAGCGGGUGCUGUGGACUCAAAGCGAUUGGUGUGCAUUUCCAUGACGGAUCGGAGGUGGCUUUGGAAGUGUCCGCAGCAUGAAAAGCUUUGAUGCGUUUCAACCUGACUUUCACGAAUUGAUUUGGCUUGUUCUAGAUCGGACCACCAAAACAGGUUCUAGAUAGAUUGACCUUGAUACACUUG